AUGUCUACGGAAGAGUCUUCAGCUCCAACGUAUUUGAUCAGUGAUUAUAUUGAAAUUGUUUAUUUAUGUGUUGUUAUAUGUUUGGGAGUUCCAGCAAAUCUUGUGAGUAUUUGGAGAUUGAUCAGAGAAAGAAAAAUUGUCAGUAAUCGAGAUCCCGUAAAGGUAAGAUAUUGAUGAAUUUGAGAAGUUCGCAAGAUAAAAUCCUGUUCAUUUUCAGAGUGGAUUUGUUAUGCUCAAAAUUCAUCUAAACAUCACAGACUUCCUAAUCCUUAUUCAUGCCAUUUUCAAAACAAUCUGGCUUAUCUCAUAUGGCUGGUAUGCUAAUAGUUUUUUCUGCAAAAUAUUCCAGGUUCGUUUUUUUAAAUACCCCUUCUCACUUCACUUCCUUAGUUUUUCUUCAUUAUCUUUGCAAAAAAAUCGAGUAAGAAAAAAUUGUUGUUCAAAAAUCAGAAAGAGAUUGCAAAAUAACACAAAAACAAUUCAAUUUCACAACAAAAAUUGAAAUGUUUUCUCGAGAAAUUGAUGACCAAAGUUUUCAUUAUUCAUAGUUUGCGGAAAUUAUACAAUGAAAGAAAAUAUGUUUUGCUCAAAAGCUAGACAUUUCUGAGAAGAAAAUAAGACGGACGAAUAAAAUUGGAGGGCGAGGUACUGUAGAUAUUUUGGCUUUUCGGAAAAAAAACAUUUCAAAAAGAAAUGAACUGGGAAAAACUGUCUGAAACAUCAUCAAGCUUAUUAUUAUUCAUUCUAAAAACGUUCAGUUUUUGAAUUUAUACUAAAAAUGUGACAUGAUAUAAACAUCUGGGGUGAUAUCAAUUUUUCAGAUGUUCUCAAUUUUCUCACUCUACAGUUCUGCAAAUAUAGUUGUCUGCAUUGCUUUGGAUCGCCUUCGAAAUGUUGUAAAUGCUAAUAAACUACACACAAAAUCACGAAAAAUCAACGCUGUCACAAUUCUCGUGACUUGUUCUUGGGUCUUUGCCUUCAUUUGCAGUAUCCCUCAAUAUUUCUUUUUCGAAACUAUUGAAGUUACCGAAAGUUUCACGCAAUGUAGUGACAUUUGGCAAAUCAGUAAAUUCAAGUGGGAACUUGUUCACUUUUCUAAAAACCAAAUUCAUAAAAAUGUUUUUUUUUCCAGUUCAACUCAAAUAUCUCAAGAUUCUCUAAUUCUUUCGGAUGUAUUUGCAAAUGGUUACAAUAUUGCCCAUCUUGUAAGACAUAUUUACCUUUUCAAAUAUUUCAAACAAUAUUUUCAAAAAAUCUUCAGGUUCUUGUCUUCUGGGGACCAUUGAUCAUUCUCAUCAUAACCUAUGCUUUCAUUGCCACUCGGGUAAUGAAAUAUUCUUUACGCCGACCUGGAGCAAAACAACAAUACAAACAACCAAACACAACAAUUUCUAAUGAAUGUCAAAAAGAUUUGAUAAUUCAUAUUGAUGCAGAAGAUGGUAAUUUUGAAAGACGAAGCAGUUUGAAACAGGUAAAUUCGUUUUUUUUUGAGAGACACUUAACGUAAAUUAAUUUUUCAGUUUGUUCGAUGUAGUGCAGAAGAAAUUGUAACAUCAGAUCGGAAACAUAGAAGUAAGUUAGAAGAAAAAAAAUAUAUACACCUGGCAUUUAUUCAAAAACAUAGAAAAUCUAAUUUCCGGAUUAAUUAUAUUGCUCUUUCAGUGUUCAAACUAUAUUCUGACAGAAAGUGCAAAGUACUCUUAUUUAUCUUCAUAAAAAAUUGAUAAUUUCAAAUUGAAUUCAAGAUUUAUGCAUAAAAGUUAGCCAGAAAAACAUUUUCGUUCCCCGAUGUGGCAAAUUUCAGUACUUGAAAACUUCACAAAAUCAUUUCGAAAAGUUAAUGAUUCUCAUCCAAUUUUUUUUCAAAAAACUAAAUGUCAGAAACAACCAUCGGAUUUAUUAAUUGAAAAUAAUCUAACGUUUUCAAGAAAUCGAAGUGGUUAUUUCUAAUGAACAAUUCAAAAUCUGUAUAAAACAGUUUUUUUCGAACUGUAAAACAUUUUGUGAGCGACGUUUUUCUGCAGGAAAAUUCACAUCAAAUUUCAGCCAAUUAUCAAAAUGUCUCCUCUCGAGAAAUUAGAUAUCAUGAAAAACUAAUCUUCCAAAUGGGCGAUGAUGUAAAACAAAAGUUGAUCGCUAAUUACUAUGACAAAUUAACACGUCAGAAUUAUUCUCUCGAGUUUUUCAAUUAAAAAAGCCUGGAUUUUCAGGAGAUGCAAAAAUCCACGCAAAUUCCUCUCCACGGGUUCCAACAUGGAGAAAACAAAUAAGAGGGCGAGUAUUCCGAACAACAAUUCUUGUAAUCCUAACACAUUUCUUAUUCUGGUUCCCAUAUAAUGCAUAUGGUUUGAUGAGACAUGUGAAUGUCUCUAUUUUUGAGUAAGUUCAAAAAUAAAUCAUCAAAAAUUCAUAUAUCAUGAUUUUUGGUGUCUCAAAAGUUAUAUCAACAAUUUCAUAUCUUACAGAACUCUCAGCGCCCAUGUUCACAUUUUCAAAGAUUUGCAAAUUCUAAUCACUUUAAUUAACCCCUUUUUAUAUGGUUUUUCAUCAUGA